UGGCAGGCGCAGGUAAGCCAGUUGUAGAGUAAAAUAGCACGUAAGCCUUAAGACAUGAAGCGCUGGAGGCUCCGAGAAAAGCUCACUCAAAGUCACUUCUUUUCAACUCCCAAGGUCUCUCUUUCUCUCUCUCUCUCUAGAUUGGAGAAGCACUGUGUCUGUGUGUGUGCUGGUAGUAGCCAUUGUACGCCACUGCGUACUGUACUCACCCAACAACCUGCACUCUUUCAAGGAAAGAAGAUCCACUCCAUUUGUCCCCUUCCCUCCUAUACAUUCACACACCCUCCUGUAUCUAUACAUUCAUGCUCCUCCGCUCGCCCUGACCGCCCAAUGGAUCCACAAGGCCCCGCCAUGAUGAAUGAAGGCGGGGUUUAUAACUUCGCUGAGAUCUGGCCGGCUUUUCAGAUGAAUGCCGCUGCGACGUCGUAUGGAUUGGGCUUGGAUCCGAUGGUGAUGGACCAGAGAUCGAAUCACACUCCACCAAAUCACAAUUCUAGGAAGCGCCGCGAAGAUGAUGACUGUGUCAAGGGAGGAGCUUCUACUAGCAAUAGCAAUGGCAACAGCAAUAAUACUACUAAUAAUAAUAACAACAAUGUUAUGAGUGAAGGAGAUAAUAAGAGAUUGAAGGCGGUUGGAUCCAACCAUGCUCCUGAAACUAAAACAGAAGGGGAAGUGAAUUCGACUAAGGCGUCAGAAGCACUUGCAAAACCAGCUGAUCCAUCAAAGCAAGACUACAUCCACGUACGAGCAAGAAGAGGUCAAGCUACUGAUAGCCACAGUUUAGCUGAAAGGGCUAGGAGAGAAAAGAUUAGUGAGAGGAUGAGAAUUCUUCAAGAUUUAGUUCCUGGUUGUAAUAAAGUUAUAGGCAAAGCAUUAGUGCUCGAUGAGAUUAUAAACUAUAUCCAAUCAUUACAACGCCAGGUUGAGUUUCUGUCGAUGAAGCUUGAAGCAGUCAAUGCAAGAGUGAGCAUUGAUGGAUACCCUUCAAAAGAUGUAAGUGCUUCAAACACAAUCACCCCAACUUUUUUGAAAAUAUUUCAACUUCUUCAUUUCUUGAAAUUUCAAGCAAUUCGACAUUUAUUCUUCAAGAUGAUAGAUGCUCCCUGGAAAAUGUUUCAUAAAUAAAUUUUGAUACAUGUCUGGGAGAUUUUGUUCAUAAAUCAUAUUCUGUCGUCUGACUAAUAGCUUCUACAGAAGUAUGAGUUGGUUGAAAGUGUAAUUUUUGGGUAAAUAUGAGAUUUCUACCUUCAUUGGCAUCUUAGCAGAAGCUUAUUAGGGAAUUUUCCUAAGGCCUGAAACUGUUUUUUUGAACAAAUUAACAGCCAAUUCAAAGUUUCAUCAACUUCUGGGUAUUGUCAUUCUUUCUUUCAACAUCAACCAGUUUGGACCCUUAGUUUCAAACAAGCUUUAUCCUAUCCCUACGACGCUACUUGCGACUGAGAUGCUCCUUGUAAAUUGAAUAUAAACCUACACCACCAUCUCAACUGGUAAGUCACCCACAAAGUGACACGGAUGUUAAGAAUCUUUAGACGCAUCAAGUAGCAGGACCAUCUUCUUACUCUACAUAAUAACAUUAUCCACGAUAUUAGAAAGAAACAGUUGAAAUCUCACACGACACACAGAAUAUUCCUACUUUUUAGUACAAUACCUUCGCAUGUUUUACUGUCAUCGCAUACAGAAAUGUUAACGUUGUAAAAUGACGAUAUUUGUUUUACUUCAAUUGGACAGUUCUCUCAGCAAACGUUUGAUAGUUCUGGCAUGGCAUAUGGUUCUCAAAGUACAAGAGAAUACGGUAGGGGUUCUUCACCAGAAUGGCUACACAUGCAGAUUGGUGGCGGUUUUGAACGAUCAUCGUGAGAACUCCCAUAAUUAGCCCAAUAAGAGCAUUGAAAAGCUGUGCUUCUUCCUCAGCGACUGCAACAGUAUACAUAUUUUCUUGAAUCUGAAUAUAAUCUCAGUUCCUAUAAUCAGGUGUAGAUGUGUUUGAGCACGGUGCUAUUGAAGAUUGUAUCCUAACAAUCCAUGCCCGACAUCAGUCUCCUUUUAUAGAAGAGCUCCUCCCCAUUUAUAUCCGAUUAAGAAGAUGAUUCAUAGAGUAUCAAUGAUAUUGUAAAAUGCCUGUUCCCAACUUCUAAAUUCUUAUUCUUGUAUUUAUCUCUGUCAUUGCCAUUAAAACUGGGAUGUCACAAAGUCGAUUGCUUCGUUGAAUAAAAGUAAGCUUUGUUGUUACA